UCUCACAAGGGAAACUACUCACACGCUUCCUGUUCGCAUUGUUUACAUCACAACAGUAUUUACGGUUUGAUAAAAUCCAAUACGCUUAGCUAAAUCAUGCCACUGUUUGGUAACAAAUUCACACCAAAGAAAACUCCACCACGACGGGCACAGUCUCUGUCCAAUCUUGAUUUGGAUGCAGAGCAGAUGAGAGCAGAGUUUGGGGUGGACUAUGAUGGUGUAAAGCUCAACUUAGGUGGACAAGAGGUGGCUUUUGAAAAUGGAAUUUGGCUGGCAGGAUCAGGUGGAGGUGGUGCAAGUCAUGUUGAGUUAAUGCGCCUCAAAAAGACCAAUCAACAGCUUCAUGAAGAAAACAACUUGCUUAAGCUCAAGAUAGACAUCCUGCUGGACAUGCUGGCAGAGACAUCUGCUGUGUCCCACUUCCAUGAAAAUGAGCUAAAACAAAUACGAGAAGCAAAAAACAGGAAAAAAUAGCUCCGUGACCAUUAACUAAGUGGUUGGCGUCUUGCAAGUGAAUGAGUUGCUGAAUAGAAUUCACAAGUGCUUUAAUCUUAAAUUGAUGACUCUUGUUUAGAGUGAUAGUCUAAUAACUCACUAAUGAAUGGGUUUGAAGUGCACCACAAGUUUAAAAAUGGAGGGUGUGUGUGAGAAAAUGCAACAAUAGGCAAUAUGUCUGUGGAAACGAGAAAUGGAAUUUGUUAUAGCCAUAUGUGUAAAAAAUGUGACAAGUUUUUUUUAUUGAAUAAUAUGCAUAAAUAAAUAAUAAUUAAACAUCACUGGGAAAAAAGUGAAAACUAAA